UCUCAUUCCCCCGAUGGGCCGAAAGAAGCAUAGUCCCCCACCAAACCCUACUCCGCCCCCGCAUCCGCCCAUCGGCGCCCUCCUUCGCCUCGCCGAUGUGCCAGGGUUGCCGGUCCUCCUCCGCGCCCACGGCACCGUCCACUCCUGCGUCGCCGCCGUCCUCACCGACCCCGCCGCCCGUGCACGCCAACACCAGGCUGCCCUCCUCGCCGCGCGUCGUGCCAUCGACCUCGCGCCCGACUCCGUCGAGCUCGCCCAGUUUUGCGCCCUCCUCCUCUACGAGGCCGCCAGCGACAACCGCGCCUAUGAGGAGGUCAUCGCCGAGUGCGAGCGCGGGCUCAGGAUCGACGACCCCUCCGACCCGGAGCCCCACUCGCUCAAGCUGCCCACCCCCGACCCCGACCAGCUCUGGGCCGAGCUCCGCAACUGCGCCUCUGCUCUCCUCCAGCUGGCGCGCCACCGCGCCUCGUCUCCUCCAGUCGGAAGGCUACCCAACCCCCCCGAGCUCGGCGCACAGUCCGCCCUGGAAGGGCACGGAUGAGGCCGGCGUGCCUCCAGCGGGUAGGAGCGACCCCGCCUCUCACCCUCUCUGCUGUGCUCGGCCUAGGAAAGACGUGAUAAUUAGGAAAAUUUUGCUGAUACACUGUCAGAGAGUAUUGGUCGACUAAUGGCAAUCCGUCUCCUAUCGCGUCAAAAUCUGAGGAAGUUGGCCGCUUCCCUCACACUCCUUACUCCAUCCCAGAAGAUACUACUUUCGCCUUCCCAUCUGGCUCUUAGGUAUUUGUUCACUCUUAUCUCUUUUAGUCCUUAAUUAUAAUGCUAGAUUGUCGGCAGAUUCCCCGGCUCCAGUAAGGCGAUUCGGGCCUCCGGUAAGGCGAUUCCGUGAGUCCUGUGCGCUAAGAUUGGCGGGAUUUUCGCUGGAGUCUACUCUAAUUUUCUCUCUUAAGUUUCAGGGCAGGGAGCGCCGCGGGUUGCUCAAGGUGGCUCUACUGGCGUGCUUGCUCGUCGUUUGCUCCGGGAGAGGUGAAUGGUUAGCUACUUAGCUUAGCCCUCCUCUUGUCUCUUGGUUGCAAUUUGCUAGUUUGGGGUUGGUCCUGCUCAUAGUUGGAGCAGUCCGUCAUGCAUAAUUUGUUUGAUUUGCCUCCAAAUGGGUGUAUACAUGUAAAAAUCGGCAACGCCGGAUCAAGUUGAUUUCAAUGCACUUUCUUUUUCAUAAUUAGAGUUAUGAAGCUCAAACUGACCAUAUCAGCAGUAGUCACCGGCACAUUCCGAUUUAAAAUGCUGACUCGAAAUGUGUGUGGUAGGUAUAGUCUUGUAGCAUGGUGAGAUUCAGACUCGGCUGUUUUCUUUUCUUUUUUGUUCCUACAAGACGUUCAACUUAGCUUUAAAAAGUACUACAGUAAAUUUGGAUACUAGAAAUGUUAUAUGACUCUGUUCUCCAUGUAUCCAGCAUUAUCCAUGUUGCUCUUGACAUUGAUGCUUUAUGAACAAGUAGAACACACAUGACAAGAUAGCUGUCAAUGAAGGCUAUGAGGUUUAGGAGAGACUUCGUGGAUGUUUUUGCCUGUUACCACGUGUUGGCCACUAGAACAAGUAGACAUUUUAGAUGGCCCUUUUUGUCUAUACGUUGUGUGUGUCAUGUGUUAGAACUGGGAUUGGUUUUGGUUUUGGCCUUGAUAAUACUAACUCUACCCUUUAGUUCAAUCAGUUUCAAGGCCGCCCUUUUGCACUCCACAAUUCAGCCCUCUAUUUUCCUGUUUAAAAAAGAUGUGCUUAUGUCAUUGUGGAGUGACUUGCAGGUGCCUCAUGUGGAUUUUUGUUCAGUAAGAUCGACCUGACGCCUCAUAUUUUAAUUUGGACAACUGGACUUGGUAUUAUGUAUUUAGUGGUUCUACAAAUGGUUCUUCUAUGGUUGACAUCACAAUUCUUCUAAUGAGUAGGUAAUUUUAACACCAUCUACUAUCAGUUCUGUAAUACCCAUUGGCGUUGGCUGGCAAGUAUUAUUAGUUUAUAUGAGCAUGUUCAUUUAUACUGAUGUAACUGAUCUAAAAGGAUUGGAGUAGUUUGGAAAAAUCAACUUAAAUGGUGACUCAACAUAUUUUCACAAGGAGGUUAUUACACGCAAAAAAAAGUUCCUCUUAGAGCAUUGCCUUCAGUUUCCCCCCUUCUACCAUAUAGUAGUACUGAUUAUAUGUGUCAUCUCGAUAUUAAUUUAGUUGCGAAUUUUGUGUAUGCCUUGAGAGUUUUGUAUUUGCUUCUCAAUUGGUUUCGUUUAGUUACAGCAGUAUGCCAAAUAAUCCAAAAAUAACUAAUUAAAUCAUUGGACCGGCCAGAUAUAAAGAGCAUGAUUUAUACCAUCAAAUGAACAUAUAUUUUUAUAUGAAAUGAAGGCACAAUCUUAAAUCAGUGGGUGCAUGCACUGCUUCCUGCCUCUGUGCUUGCAAUUUAAAUGCAUUAUAUUUUACUCGCUAAUACAUCUUGAAUAAUCUAAAAAGUAUAUUUUAAUCACUAAUACAUCCUACAGCAUUGCAUUUCACCAAGUGAAAUGCAACAUUUCUACUCCUAACCCAUUUUCUCUUUCUUAGUGUUUUUGUUAUGCAGGUUGGAAGAAAGGAACAAGAUCCACAAAAGAUCUUAGUAAUAAGAUAGUUUUGACUUUGUGAAACUUGCUACCUAUCGAUGAAACUGUGUAAUAUUGAUGAAACUAUGUAUAUCUAUGGAUGAAACUUGCACUAUUGGUAACAUGUGUUGGAUAUGUGUUCAUGACUAUUGGUAAUAUGUGUUGGAUAUGUGUGUGUGUGUGUGAUUUUCUAUGAAAAUGAAUUGAUAUG